AUGCAUCUUAAUCUGUCUUUCUUUGUUGCGUUGCUCCCUCUUGCCUCCAGCUUCGUCCACCCUGGCCUUCUCGUCACGGACAGCGACAUCACUCGCGCACAGCAAAAGAUCAAAGCAAACGCAGACCCAUGGACCACCUCCUGGAACGUCCUGACCCGUCUGCGUUUCUCCGACGCCAGCUACGCCCCUUCACCAGCCAGCGUCGUCUACCGUAGCGACUGGGACGGCAACGCCGCAAACGCAGAGAACCUCUGGCACGACGUCGCAGCCGCAUUCAAUCUCGCCCUACGCUGGAAGAUCUCCUCAAACACUACCUUCGCCGAUACAGCGAGCAACAUCCUCCAUGCCUGGGCUACCAAGCUAACCGCCCUCGGCGGCGGCGACGACAAGUACCUCACAGCCGGACUGCAGGGGUACCAGCUUGCCAAUGCCGCCGAGCUGCUCCGGGACUACGAACCCUUUGCGACCAGGGUCCUCCCGUCUGUGAUCGAUAUGGCUAAUACGAUCUUCAUACCCAUGCACUACAAGUGGCUCUGGCAUGAGGAGCCAUCGCAACAUAAUGUCCUCCACUUCUUUGCGAACUGGGAGCUGUGCAAUGUCGCGUCCGCGAUGGCCAUGGGUGUGUUGACAGACAACCAGACAGUCUGGGACUUUGCGGUGGAGUAUUUCAAGCAGGGGGAAGGGACCGGCUCCAUUCAUAAUGCGAUCACGGAUAUUGUUGAGGAGCCUGGCACAGGGGCGCCGCUAGGCCAGGGCCAGGAGGCAGGUCGCGACCAGGGCCAUUCAGCGCUGGAUGUUCAGUUACUGGCGGUGGUGGGGCAGCAGGCAUGGAACCAGGGGGAGGAUUUGUUUGCGUUGAAUGAUAGUCGUAUUCUGAGGGGGAUUGAGUACUGGGCCCGGUAUAACCUCGGCCACGACGUCCCCUUCGUGCCCUACUCCAACGGCAUCGUCAGCUUCACGGAAAUCAGCAGUGCGUCGCGCGGCGCAAUGCGGCCGACCUGGGAGCUGCUGUAUAACCACUACGUGACGAUCAAGGGGAUGGAUGCGCCCUGGACGACCAAGUUCCUCAACGAGUCUCUGAACUAUUAUGGCGGUGCGGAAGGGGGCGCAGGGUCCUGGGGCGAGGGGUCAGGUCAUUAUGAUGGGCUUGGCUGGGGAUCGUUGCUGCAUCGUCUGGAUAAGGAGGAUGUCGCGGCUCAAGGUUCGGGGGCAAACACACUGAUUGCUUCUGCGCCCUCCGGUAAAGCGACCUCGAAGCUACCGCAGAGUACACCUGAUACAAGUCCCGCGGUAUCCUCUGGCGGAAAGUCAACCUCGGCGUCUACGAGUGUCGCUAGCAGCACUCCUACACCUCAGUCUUCUCCUUCUACGCCUUCUCCCGGAACGAGUACUCCUGCAUCUACUCCAGACCCCCAGCCGACCCCGCGUCCUACUGAAGCCGGCCAGAAGCCCGGUCAUCGAGGACACCGUCAUCACCACCAUGGACAUAAACAUGGAGGAUGUCAUGCGCAUUCAUGA